GUAGUGCAGUGUGUGAAAGUGUAGAUAGAGAACAGCAGCAGGAAUAGAGGUACACGACAGGUUAAAGAGGCUGAAAGCAAGGAAACGAAACAAACGCAAAGAAGACGGGAAGAACGAACAAAGGAGACUUCUCAGAAAGGGCAAAAUUGUCAGCAGCACAGAAAGAGAAGAGUAAAAAAACACAAUGACACACCGGCUGUUUGAGGGGAAGGAUCAUGCCUCCGCCUACCAAAAGUAUCGCUUUACACCUCCAGAGGAGCUCAACAACAUCAUUCUUCAAUACCUCUCUAAAAAGAAGGGACAGCCACAUGUGCUGGCAGUGGAUCUGGGAUGUGGUACGGGUCAAAACUCGCAUCUACUGGCGCCGCACUUCCAGGAAGUGGUGGGUAUCGACAUCAGUGAGUGUCAACUGGAGGAGGCCAGGGCCGUGCCAGGGUACCCUAACAUCACAUACAGGAGGGGGACAGCAGAGGAUCUUCCUUUUCCGGACUGCUCUGUAGACUUGCUGACGGCAGCGUCGGCGGCCCACUGGUUCGAUCAGUUGAGGUUCCUGGCCGAGGCAAGUCGGGUUUUGAAACCCCGGGGUUGCGUGGCUCUGCUGGGCUUCAGCGACCUUAACACCAGACUUCACUACCAGGACUGUGGAGAAAGACUCAAUCACAUAUAUGAAGAGGUGAGGCAGGUGCUGUUGCCAUACACUAGCAAUCGAGUAACUGUAAGUGAGGGUAAGCUGGAAGAGCUCUACUCUGCCAUCCCUUUUCCUGACAAAGAGAGGAUUGAGAGUGUUCAGGUGAAGUCGUCAAUCUCGGUGAGGAACCUGGUGGGCUUCAUUGAGACCUGGUCCAUGUUCCAAUUUUACAAGAAAAAAGAUCCAAAGGCCGCUGACGAACUGCUGCUUAAGACUCAAAAGAGGUUUCUGGAGGAGAUGGGAGUCAUGUCUCCUGACACUGAAAUAGAGCAGGAAAUGGAAUAUUUCUGCAUCCUGGCUUCAAAACCAGGAUAAUCAACAGCGUGUGUUUUGAGAGUGAGUUUGUGGGUCUUAGUCGUCGCAAUCUGCAAUUUAUUAACUUGAAAACCGUCCAAUUUUUGACUGCAUUUGUUGAACGGGGACAUUUCUAAAUAAACCCUUUUUUUCUGAGUA